AUGGCUGCUAGACUGGUAACUCGGUCACCCAAGAGCUCACACAUCACCCCUAUCCUAAAGCAACGCCAUUGGCUUCCAGUUGAGCAAAGGAUAGUCUUCAAACUCGGUCUCCUGGUCUUCAAAUCAUCGCACAACAUGGCACCAUCCUACAUCUCAGAUCUCAUCACUCAGUAUGCACCUUUCCGCAGUAACCUAAGAUCAGCCGAUCAACGUCUCCUCGUAGAACAUAAUAUGGCAAAUAACACAUGGGGAGCACGUGCUUUCUUGGUUACUGCGGGGAAGGUGUGGAAUAGUCUUCCCUACCACAUCAGGACUGCAAAUACAACAUCUUCUUUCAAAACUGUCCUCAAAACCCACCUCUUUGCAGUUAAACAAUGA